CUCCAAACAGCAACAGAGGAGAUGCAGAAGCAUUGGGAGAAAGCGCGCGUUGUGAUGGUGCAGUAGCAGCAGCAGGCACGGUGUAUGUUGUGCCCGGCGGCGUGAAAAGUUCAGAACCCCGACUUUAGUGUCCGCGAUGUAAUGUCCACAUUGACCGUGUGUGCCUGACUGUGUUGUGGUUACCCGUGUUGUCGACAAUGGAAUGCACCGUACGAAGCAUGGCUGAUGCUCAACCUAGCGAAGAGCAAUCUGUUGUUCCGGAGGGACGCGUCGAGAAAGUGUGCAAAGAAUGGCUGGUCCGAGAGGAUGGCGUCCUGGCCUACCGGCUGCAGUCGCAAGAGAUCAACCAGCGGUACAACCUGAACAGGACAAACAACCAGCUCCUGCGAGCCGAUCUUCCCGUGGCGAAGACGGUGCAACGCACAGAGGAGGAAGAGGCUGAAUUCAUCCGCCGAACCUAUGAGGAGAUGCUGAGGCAGCAAGAAGAGCACGAUGCGAAGGUUGCUCUGGAGUUGCAACAGCAGCUGCAGAGGGAGGCAGCCUUGCAUGCAGCUGCGCAGGAGGAUGACCAGAGACUUGCUACGGAGUUACAGAAAAGAGAGCUGCCCAAGAAGCUGGACAGGAUAGAACGGAGGCGCAGAGACAUUUUCUCACUGAAGACACUUUUAUGGGCAUAUGAUGCACUACCUUCAGUGCUGAAGAGGCUUUCCAUUGGCGAGGACCCUUCUGGUGCCUUUUUUGACGACAGUGAUGGCAGGGAUGAGGACUUCUCGGACUUCUGUCUGCAGCCACCCCCCGGACUCAGUGGGGAGGAGCUCAGAAAGUUCCAAGAGGAACAGGAUGCGGAGCUAGCACGGCUUCUUCAGGAACAGGAAACAAAAAGGCGGGGCGCCAGUGCCAACGAUCGCCAGAUUGCUAUGGAGGCCCAAGACAGAGAGCUGGCCAAGAUGCUGCAGGACCAGGAAAAGGCACGACUGCGUAGGGCACGCGAAAGGGCCCGCCAAAAGGCCUUGCUCCAACAGCAGCAACAGCACAUGAAUCCUCCUGAAGAACCAAACUCUAGUGGCCAUCAUGAACCUUCAGGUGAUUUGAGUGGAGAGCCCCUCGAAAAUACCUCGGCAGCCAAGGCCGAUGGAGAGCCGGUGGGUGCCGCGGCCUUCCUGGUCGGUCCAAGUGGGGUGAAGAACAUUGCCACCGAAAUUGACCCCACGUUCAGCCGUCGAAAGCCGUCUCUGGAGCGUCAGGGCAGUGGACGACGCAGCAGCUCACGUUCUCCUCACGACACGCUGGACCCUCUUGGGGCUACAGCCGACGCCAUUACACCUCCCGGAACCGUCGCAAGUGCCACAAGCACCAUAGGUGGAUCAACGUCCAGUCCAGCGCUAGCAAAUGCCUGUUAUGUUGACCUGGAUGAUGGUGAAGGGGCCGUGCCUCCAUACAUGCCAAUCCAGGGCCAGCGGAGGUCAAGUUCUUUCGAGAAGGGCAAGAAGGGCAAGAAAGCGAGGGACGCUUGCAAAACACAGUAGCUGCUCAACGAGAUCCUCGCUGCACACUAGUUGACUCAGAAAGUUGACCCGUCCUGCGAUUCCUGCCAGGUCUGCUGUCUAAGGGGAACCAGUGAUGAAUGCAUCAUCUUCUGGGGACUUCUGUACCGUGCAAGUGUGCUUUUGUAAAAUUGCUUCUCAUUGAUGAGCUAAAUUUAUCAUUACACUUGAGCAAAAGCAAAAACUUGAGGUAGUCUCUGCAGAGGUAGGGAUACUGCUGCCACCAUAUGGAUUGUGACACAACCACUGGCAAGAUUUCAUGCUCCUGUGUAUGAGAAAUUGAACGGCACAGAUAACUCUUGUUGCCUCAUUCCUUUCCCUGUGACAUCUACUAUUGUAUUUAAUUUAAUCGCACCUUCAGGCUGUAGGCCGGUCACAGUGCAAGGAAGUUGAGAAGUCUUUUCAGUGCCUAUUGCUGUUUUAUGAUUUUUAAAAGCGGGCACUUUUAUAAAGGACAAAAGUUCUCUGCUGUCAUAAAGUUUAGCUAGCUGUCAUUUUUUUUUGUUUUGAACAUUUGACUCAUAUUUGGCUUUUUCUACUUGCGUGUAUGAAUUACAAAGAACAAGUCUUUCUGUCCCCCCCCCCCUCCCCCCUUUUCUUUUUUACAAUCUUAAGUUUUAGCUAGCAGAAAAGAAGUAACACUGGAGCCACUGAUGUGAUUCAAUAUUACAAACUCGAGUAUUUUUUUUUUUCAGUGUAAGUAGGAGCACUGUACUGAUGUUUUUCAUGGCAGCUGCAAAACUUGAACUCAUCAGUAGUAUUGCAUGCAUAUCUUCUCAAUCCAUCAUAUCCAAAUAUAGACAGUAUCAUGGCACGUUUGACAAAGCUCAGAGGCAGCUCCUUUUACUGUUGUGCCUGGGCUGGGAGUGAGCAGUACAAAGGGUAUCAGCUGGUUGAACAGUGCUCCUUUAGCAUUUUUUUUAUGAGCGCUUCUUGGGGAGUGGUGAGAUACCGCUCAUCAGUCUAGGCCCAACUCAAGCAUACACAUAACCCAUGUUUCUAAACUGAGCUAGUUUAGUACAGUUUACUGCUAGUCCCACAGUUACAGAAAAAAAGAGAAUUACAGAUAUAUACAUAUAUAUAGAUAUAUACAUGCCUCUAGUAACUGUUAUGUAGUCCCAACAUAUAGAGAAAUCGAAGAUGCCAGUGGGUGCUCUUGGAGAGAGUGGCCCUCCCAAGGCUAGAGUGGUGCAAAGCAAAAUGCACUGAUCAUCAAGACACAAGUUGUAUUACCCUCCAUAAAUGCUACAGCACUUCAGAACAGAGUCAAGUAUUUUGUUCAAACCUCAACGAGACAGCUGAAAAAGAAGGCACGUUGUUACGGUGAGCAUGUGCACUAUGAAAAGUGUUGUCAUUUGACUUUCUCGCGCAACGGUGACUGUCGUCAUUGACAGGUGCACUUGUCUCCUUUGUAAUGUUACGACUAGUGCUUUCCUGGUGGCUUCCAGAGAUGAAAAAUUCGUGAACACAGGGAGCCUCCAUCUUCCCCUGAACUUCUGCCUUUUCCUGGUGGCUACAUUUACAUGUGUACAGUGCAGCUUGCAUUCCAAGCACAUACCUCAAGAAGUAGCAGCAAGUUAUUUGGUAGUGUUACUCUCAACAAGUUUAUGGUACAUUCAACUGGUAGCUUUAGAGCACUCUUGCAGUGUAGCUUGCACUUAGCUGGUCGAAAGCUCAGCACACAUCCACCUGAUUUAUUCUGAACACCAUGCUUCAGAUAAGAGAACCGAAGCUGCUGAAGGGUACACAUGUGGGUGGUUGGUUCAUGAUUAUGAGCAGAAGACAGCGCUAAAAGAUGGGACAAAAGAAAGAGCGCUCCCAUUCUUUCAGGCAGCAUAUAUAUUGCGCACUUUUGCCAGUGGAAAAGUAUAUGUGUGGUGGAGUAGAUAUGCUGCUGCGUGAACGAAUGACUACUUGGUUCUUUCUUUUUUUCCCGUCUCUUAGCACUGUUUUUUGUUUGGCGUGGGCAGCCUUUGUUCAGCAACAAUGUCACUCUGCAUUGCUGCAGACCAAGUGAGAGGGUGGUAGGAACCAAUCAGACGUACUGUUGAUAUUCCGCACACUGGCCAGGGCAUGUUGUGUAGUGCCACGUAGUCCAAGGGACACUCCAGUAGCACUGAUCUCAGUCGCUAGACAGAGCAUUUUAUAAGACUCACUGCUAUUAUACUGUCAUGCUAAAGAUACUCCUAGUGUUUUCAGCCAUUUCUGCUGCAUCUUGCACCCAUGUUACGUGCAACCUUUCUUGGUACAACCAGUAUGCUGGGUAUGCCCCUUUGCUGGAAACCUUGCGGCUGUCCUUUGGAACCUUUAGUGUAAAAUACAGCUAAUGUGUCACUGUGUCCAUGCAAACUGUGUUCACUUGUGUGCACAAGAAAGAGUUUAAGACAAUCAGACUGCAAUAAGUCUACUCUGCUGGUGUGGCACAUCAUUUAAACGAAACAUAACUGAUACUUGCAAUGCUUGUAGAUACCCCUGCUGCUAAAAGGUUGUUGGUUACCAGUUGCAUGUGAAACUGGCACAAGGAAAAUGCUACCUUUCUUAAGCUUUAGUGACAUUAAUAAUGCUGUGGACUAAACCGUUGUUACAUUUUUAGGACAGAAUUUUUCUUGCUUUGCUAUGUUGCAAUUGCAUAUACAGGGUGUUUUCAGCUAAAAAGCACCAAGUAUUAAAAAUAUUAAACAUAGGUGCUACGCAUCUCCAAUUAAUGCAGUAUUGUUCUGAGCCAUAUAGAGCACGUCAGAAUAUUUUUUCUAAUCCACGAAGCUCAGUAAUUAACAAAAAUUGCUUAAUGAACUUUUUAAAUAAUAACUCUAGAAAGAACUGUGGUAUUUUUUAAAAUUAGCGCGCUUUAAAGAAAGCCCGGAAAAAAAUUAAGCAGGGGAGUUAUCUCAACAAAGAUAGAAAAACUCGAUGUUCCUGAACAAGCGCUACAACUUUUGUAUUGAAACCUUUUCUCUAGAGUUACUAUUUAAAAAGUUCAUUAAGCAACCUUUCUUAAUUGCCGAGCUUGGCGGAUUCAAAAAAAAUAUUCUGACAUGCUCUAUAUGGCUCAGAACAAUACUGCACUAAUUGUAGACGUGUAACGCCUAUGCUUAAUUUUUUAUUACUUGGUGCUUUUUAGCUGAAACACCCUGUAUAUUAAAGAACCUCACACAGAUGUUUUGUUAUAGUUUUGUGCAUUGAAUUAUUCAUUGUUGAUCAAGUAUUUGCUUCUGUACAGAUAAGUUGUGAAUAGUGCCUCUAAGAGAAAACUCAUCAAGAGACAAGUGAUUUACGUUUCUCUUCAUGCAUUUUGCAUCACUACGCCGUUCACAGUAUGUAGCAGCUAGACCCUUAAAAAGUCCCUGCAAAUGAAGUUGUGUAAUCUCACUAAAAAAAACCAUUGAACAUAUAUAAUGCGACUCAAUUAUCACAGCUGUGCGAUUUUCUAGCAUUGAGAUGCCACAUCAUUGCAGUGCAUAAUUUUCUUUUUUGGGCUACAUUUUGUCUACAUUUCUUUCUUUCUUCUAUAUUUAAAGUCAUCAAAAGUAUGUGAUUUAUUGCUUGAGUAAAUAUAUAUAUACUUAUUCUGCCCAGAACAUUUUGUGUUGUCAGGUUGAACAUUUGUGGCCUGUUUUACUGCCAUACGACUCUUUUUUAUAUUUGUGUUCUUUUUGCAAAGAGACAAGUGUCACAAUAUCCCUUGAAAGAUCUGUAUUUUGUUCUUGAAUUCUCAUGACAGCUUGCAGGAGUGACUGACUUUAAGCAGCUUUGUUAAAGCUGUUGAUUCCUUUAUUUUUCUUCCUGAAAACAUCUGCUGGGCUUUCUGAAAGAAGGGCCCAAUGUGAAGACUGCCCAAAAUAAAUUGUAUUUCUGAACCAAAACAAGAA